UUUUUUUUUUUUCUGUUGUGUGUAUAUACAAUUCAUAUUAUCUAUUCGUGUAUAUAUACAUCUAUUUUAUAUCUAUCUAUAUAUCAUGCCACCGAAUGCAGAAACAACGACUUGCACUCAAGAUGCAACUGGAAUGAUAACACAGGAACUGUUCCAAGCACGCGUGAAGAAAGGAGAAGCGCUCUUUAUCUUUGACGACAAAGUAUAUAAAGUGGAUACAUUUGCAGCACGACAUCCAGGCGGUGAAUUAGCUAUUCGACAUGGUAUUGGACGCGAUGUGACAGAUGAAAUACGAAGCAUGCAUCCACCCGAAGUGUACAAAGUGAUGAUGAAAAAAUUCUAUAUUGGUGACUAUCUUCCGAUACAAUCAAGUAAACGACAACAACUAUCAUCUUCUCCUGAAUCACCCAACCAUAGUCAACAGAUGGAAAAGGUACUGCAAGCAUCAUGGGGUGGUCGUCUCAGUGUGGAAGCCUUCGACGAAGCUAUUCUGGAUCUUCAUCAAGCACAUGCCAAGGAUCUUCAACAAGGUAUGGUACAAAAGCAACAGAACAAGGUGGUGGAUGCAGCAACGAUGCGACAGAAAUACCAAGCUUUGGAGCAAGACUUGAAGGAUCGAGGGAUGUUUGAAUGUAAUCGAUAUCGUUAUGGCAAAGAAUGUUGUCGGUACGUACUCUUGUUUUAUGUGGCUAUUUGGAUGGCGUUGCGUGGCACAUGUUUUACACAUUACAUGAUAAGUGCGAUCAGUUUGGCAGGCUUUUGGCAUCAAUUGGUGUUUACAGCACAUGACGCAGGACAUAACGAAAUCACAGGGCGAGUGGAAACAGACCAUUUGAUUGGCGUGAUCAUUGCAAAUUUUAUCGGUGGACUCUCUCUUGGCUGGUGGAAGGAUAAUCACAAUGUACAUCACAUCAUGACCAAUGAUCCUGAACAUGAUCCUGACAUUCAACAUCUUCCUUUUCUGGCGAUCAGCACUCGAUUUUUCCAAAACUUGUACUCGUCCUACUACCAGCGUGUGAUGGCUUACGACGCAGUGGCUCGAUUUUUUGUUGCUCGACAACAUCAUCUGUACUACUUGAUCUUGGCGUUUGGACGAUUCAAUCUACAUCGUUUAUCCUUCCGAUAUUUAUUGACAUCCAAGCAAGUACGCAUGCCUCGUCUCGAAUGGAUUGGUAUUGGUGUGUUCUUUAUCUGGUAUGGCUCUUUACUCAAUCAAUUGCCCAACUGGGGUACACGUGUGAUGUAUAUCCUUGUCUCUUAUAUGCUGACGUUCCCACUUCAUGUGCAAAUCACUCUUUCUCAUUUUGGCAUGUCAACGGAUGUGAUCGACAAUGAACCCUUCCCGGCCAAACAACUACGUACGACGAUGGAUGUGGAUUGCCCUGUGUGGUUGGAUUGGUUUCAUGGUGGAUUACAAUAUCAAGCAGUACAUCAUCUAUACCCUCGUUUACCUCGACACAAUUUACGACUCUGUGUGCCUUUUGUACGACAAUUUUGUAGAGAAACCGGACUCCAUUACUAUAUGUACAACUUUUCCACAGGUAAUGGUGUGAUCUUGGGUGCUAUGAAAUCAGUGGCGGAUCAGAUCCAUUUAAUGAAUGAUGUGGCAAAAUACAAUGCAGAAGGUUGGACCAAGGAUGACAAGAAACAACAUUAGUGAAAUAUUUAUUUUUUGUUAUCUCAAUAAAAUCAUUAUUUAUUAUAACGUUA